GAGUAGUUAGUUAGUUGUGUCAGUUGCUCGGUGGAGGCGGCCGCGAUCACCAGAAAGGGGACGGGACAGGAGGCAAUGCUGAAUAUCGCAACGGCUUGUGCUCCCCUCAGGUGUCUGUCCAACCCAGGACUUAUGCGCUAGAUGUUUCUUGGUAGCUUGCCUAGAAAACCCAAGUAAACAUCGGUACUUUCAGAAUAUAGGAAUGAGAGGCAAGGAAGAAAGGACAUUCAUCAUACGAAGAUUUGAAUCACUUUGAAACUGUAAAGGGAUGUAGCACUUGCUGCCAAACUACCUUGCUCACCAGAAUGAAGGAAGUGCUUCAGCAUUAAAUGAUUGAUCGUACUUAGAGGAGCUGCUAUGACAACAUAAGGAGGUGAAAACUCACAGAUGCAAAUGCAAGUCUUGCUAUGCACUGAAGGAAAAGCAUUGUCUGCGAAGUUCUAUUUUUAAAAAUGUCUGCUUGUAACACCUUUACUGAACACGUUUGGAAACCUGGCGAAUGCAAGAAUUGCUUUAAACCUAAAAGCUUGCACCAGCUUCCUCCAGACUCUGAGAAGACGCCCAUCACCCACGGCAGUGGGAAAACUAAUGCCAAUCACAGUAACAACCACCGAGUCAGGAGCACGGGCAACUUCCGGCCCCCUGUGGCUAAAAAGCCCACCAUCGCUGUGAAGCCCACUAUGAUGGUGGCAGAUGGGCAAAGCGUGUGUGGCGAGCUAAGCAUCCAGGAACACUGUGAGAACAAGCCUGUCAUCCUGGGGUGGAACCAAAACAAGACGUCCCUGAGCCAGAAACCACUUAACAACAAUUCUGAAGGUGAUGCUGAAGGCUUUGGCAGUGAUCCUCAGCAGUGUGCCAAUAAUGACAGUGCACAGAAGAUAUCCAAUAACAACAACGGGCUAACUGAAGUGCUAAAGGAGAUAGCGGGCCUGGAAGCCACCCCUCCGGUCAGAGGAAAUGAAACAAACGCCAGAGAAACAUUCUUGGGAAGAAUAAAUGAUUGCUACAAACGAUCGUUGGAAAGAAAGAUCCCACCCAGUUGCAUGACCGGGAGCAUGAAGGACUCUCAGGGCAAACACGUCAUCCUGAGCGGGAGCGCCGAGGUCAUCAGUAACGAAGGGGGCAGGUUCUGCUACCCUGAGUUCUCCAGUGGUGAGGAGAGUGAGGAAGAUGUGCUUUUCAGUAACAUGGAGGAGGAGCAUGAGAGCUGGGAUGAGAGCGAUGAAGAGCUGUUGGCCAUGGAGAUUCGCAUGAGAGGGCAGCCUCGCUUUGCUAACUUCAGGGCAAACACCCUGUCUCCUGUUCGAUUCUUUGUGAGCAAAAAGUGGAAUACUAUCCCCUUACGGAAUAAGUCUCUGCAGAGAAUCUGUGCUGUGGACUAUGACGACAGCUAUGAUGAAAUCCUGAAUGGUUAUGAGGAAAAUUCUGGGGUCUCCUAUGGUCAAGGAAGCGUUCAGAGCACAAUAUCAUCUGACUGCACAUCACCAGGCUCCUCCUUCACAGAAGAGUCACGCUCUGAAACAGCCAGCAGUUUAUCCCAGAAGGUCUGUAAUGGGGGGAUAUCUCCUGGUAACCCAGGAAAUUCUAAGGACAUAGCAGAAACUGAGUCUAAUUUUGAAAGUCCUCCUGGUAACAAUGAGGAGAAGGACGAAUCACUGACUUCCAAAAGCUCGGUGAAAGUUCCAGAGACGCACAAAGCUGUCCUUGCUCUCCGUUUACAGGAGAAGGAUGGCAAGAUUGCAGUACAUACUGAGAAGCCAGAGAGCAAAGCUUCUACAGAUAUCGCUGGCCAGGCAGUCACCAUAAGCCUCGUCCCAGUAGAAGAACAGACAAAGCCCUACCGUGUGGUAAAUCUGGAACAGCCGCUGUGUAAGCCAUAUACCGUUGUGGAUGUGUCGGCAGCCAUGGCCAGCGAGCACCUGGGGCGACCCAAGAUAAAAGGUUCAUCUUCUACUCCAAACUCUCCAGUUACAUCACCUGCAUUGACACCAGGACAAAUAAAUGCCCAUCUCAAAAAAUCCAGUGCAAUCCGAUACCAGGAAGUGUGGACGUCCAGCACCAGUCCACGACAAAAGAUCCCUAAAAUAGAAUUAAGUACUGGGGGACCUGGGCCAAAUGUCCCUCCAAGGAAAAACUGCCAUAAGUCGGCGCCCACUUCACCCACGGCUACAAACAUCUCCUCUAAAACCAUCCCUGUUAAGUCACCUAAUUUGUCUGAAAUAAAAUUUAAUAGUUACAACAAUGCCGGGAUGCCACCUUUUCCCAUUAUCAUCCAUGAUGAGCCAUCCUAUGCCCGGAGUUCCAAAAAUGCCAUUAAAGUCCCCAUUGUUAUUAAUCCAAAUGCGUAUGACAAUCUCGCCAUCUACAAAAGUUUUCUGGGAACAAGUGGAGAACUCUCUGUGAAGGAAAAAACCACAAGCGUAAUAAGCCAUACUUACGAAGAAAUAGAAACUGAAAGCAAAGUGUCUGAUAGCACCCCCAGCAAGCUCACAGACUGUCCCCAAGCUAAAGGGUUUUCCAACAGCACAGAGCGGAAAAGAGGCUCAGUAGCGCAGAAGGUGCAGGAGUUUAACAAUUGUCUCAACAGAGGUCAGUCUUCUCCACAAAGAAGCUACAGUUCCACCCACAGCUCCCCAGCAAAAAUCCAGAGACCCACUCAAGAGCCUGCGGGCAAAACGGAAGGGGCACAAGGGUCUCAGGUGCCAGGCAGCAGCAGCAACAGCACUAGGGAGAAAGCAAGCGCCGUCCUAUGUCAGAUUGUGGCAUCUAUCCAACCCCCCCAGACUCCUCCAGAAGCACCUCAAUCUAGCCCUAAGGCUUGCAGUGUGGAAGAGCUUUAUGCCGUUCCCCCAGAUGCAGAUACUACAAAAAGUAUUCCUAAAAACCCACCAGUCAGACCCAAAUCUCUUUUUACAUCUCAGUCUAGUGGGGAAGGUGAGGCCCAUCAGACCACAGAAAGCCCUACUGCCAAAAUUCAGAAAGAUCCAUCCACGAAGCCAGUGACUUCUCCUCCCUCCAAAUUAGUGACGAGCGCCCAGAGUGAGCCACCGCCUCCCUUUCCCCCACCACGGUCUACUUCCUCCCCUUACCAUGCAAGUAACCUGUUGCAAAGGCAUUUUACCAAUUGGACGAAGCCAACCAGUCCUACCCGAUCAACAGAAGCUGAAUCAAUUUUGCACUCUGAAGGCAGCAGGCGAGCCGCUGAUGCAAAACCUAAACGCUGGAUAUCAUUUAAAAGCUUCUUCCGCCGCCGCAAAACAGAUGAGGAAGAAGAGAAGGAGAAAGAGCGAGAGAAAGGGAAGCUGGUGGGCCUGGACGGGACAGUCAUCCACAUGCUGCCGCCCCCUCCAGUCCAGCGCCAUCACUGGUUCACAGAGGCCAAAGGAGAGGCCAGCGAGAAGCCUGCUAUAGUCUUCAUGUACAGGUGUGACCCUGACCAAGGCCACCUCAGUGUGGACCAAAGCAAGGCUGGGGCAGAGAAAGGAAGAGCAGAGGAGGUGUUACUGCGGAACUCGGAAGAGAAGAAAAGUAGCUAUCUUCCAUCACAGAUUCCUGACAAAGCUUGCAGUCGUGUGACCCAUGAAGUGGCAGGAGAACUUUCUCCUCGGGAUCCAAGAACUCCUGCUGGGAAGCAAGAUGGCACUUCAGUCACACCAACACUGCCUCCACCUGACCUGGAAAGGGAAGAAGAAAAAGAUGACACUUUGGAUCCUACUGACGUGAGUCCCUGCAGUGCAACCUACAGCAACCUAGGACAAUCUCGAGCAGCUAUGAUACCUCCCAAGCAUCCACGGCAUCCCAAGGGAGCGGUGGAUGAUGCCAUUGCCUUUGGAGAGAAGACAGACCAAGAAGGACUGAAUGCUUCCCAACCCACACCACCCCCACUGCCAAAGAAAAUGAUACGAGCCAAUACCGAGCCCAUCUCCAAAGACCUUCAGAAAGCCAUGGAAAGCAGUCUUUGCGUCAUGGCUAAUCCCACCUACGAUAUUGAUCCCAACUGGGAUGCCAGCAGUGCUGGGUCUUCUAUUAGCUAUGAACUCAAGGGACUAGACGUUGAGUCUUAUGAAUCCUUGGAGAGACCUUUGCAUAAGGAGAGACCCGUUCCUUCAGCAGCAAACAGUAUCUCCAGCCUAGCCACUCUCAGUGUUAAGGACAGAUUUUCUAACAGUAUGGAGUCACUCUCCAGUCGACGUGGUCUCUCCUAUAGACAGACUCGAAGCAUCCAGAAGCCACAGAGACAAGCACUUUAUCGAGGACUUGACAAUCGGGAGGAAGUGGUGGGUAAACUCCGAAGCCUUCAUACAGAUGCCUUGAAGAGACUGGCAGUUAAAUGUGAAGACCUCUUCAUGGCUGGGCAGAAAGACCAACUCCGCUUUGGAGUAGACAGCUGGUCAGACUUCAGGCUAACCAGCGACAAACCGUGCUGCGAAGCUGGAGAUGCGGUUUACUACACUGCCUCGUAUGCAAAAGAUCCACUCAGUAACUAUGCAGUCAAGAUCUGCAAGAGCAAAGCUAAGGAGUCUCAGCAGUAUUACCAUAGCCUGGCUGUCCGGCAGAGUCUGCCUGUGCAUUUUAACAUCCAGCAGGAUUGUGGCCAUUUCCUUGCUGAAGUCCCUAGUCGUCUGCUUCCCUGGGAGGAUCCUGAUGCUCCUGAAAAGGCAGAGGAUGGCACUGAAGACAGCGAAGAAGAGGGGAAGGCAGAAACUUUGGGGGGAAAUCCUGAGCCCUGCUCUGAAACAGAGCCAUCCCAGAAAGAGAACCAACGAGUCACAAACAGGAAACAAAGAAGCCACGUUGUGGUCAUCACCAGGGAGGUUCCCCAUCUCACUGUGGCCGACUUCGUGCGAGAUUCUUUGGCCCAUCAUGGGAACAGCCCUGACUUGUAUGAGAGGCAAGUGUGUCUGCUGCUCUUACAGCUGUGCUCUGGGCUUGAGCACCUCAAGCCCUACCACGUCACGCACUGCGAUCUUCGCCUGGAGAACUUGCUGCUUGUCCAGCACCAACCUGGGGGAGCUGCCCAGGGCCCUUCUCCUGCAGACCCUUGCCCCACCUUAGCUUGUCCUACAAGGCUCAUUGUGAGUAACUUCUCUCAGGCCAAGCAGAAGAGCCACCUGGUGGACCCCCAGAUCCUCCGAGACCAGUCCCGCCUUGCCCCAGAGAUCAUCACGGCCACCCAGUAUAAGAAGUGUGAUGAAUUCCAGACGGGCAUUCUCAUCUAUGAGAUGCUGCACCUGCCCAACCCUUUUGACGAGAACCCGGAGCUGAAGGAGAAGGAGUACACGCGCACAGAUCUGCCUCGGAUCCCUCUCCGCUCCCCGUACUCCUGGGGUCUACAGCAGCUUGCUAGCUGCCUCCUGAAUCCCAACCCUUCUGAGCGCAUCCUCAUUUCUGACGCCAAAGGCAUCCUCCAAUGUCUGCUCUGGGGCCCCCGAGAAGAUCUCUUUCAAAUCUUCACCACCUCUGCAACCCUCGCACAGAAGAACGCUCUGCUCCAAAACUGGUUAGACAUCAAGCGAACCCUGCUGAUGAUCAAGUUCGCGGAGAAGUCCCUGGACAGAGAGGGGGGCAUCAGCCUGGAGGACUGGCUUUGUGCUCAGUAUCUGGCCUUUGCCACUACAGACUCCCUGAGCUAUAUUGUAAAAAUCCUGCAAUACCGUUAAUAUGGCCCGGGCAUUGCUUUUAUUGUUAAAUAUCUCCACCUUCCUCAUGUUACCCUCAUGUCCCUGUCCUGGUAUCCACUCAGAAUUUAAGGAAAGGAAAGAAGCCAACUGCCACCCUUGUCCAGGGACAUGGGCUCCAUUCAGCAAGGUCACCUACAGCUUUCUACAGUGAAUGGCUGAGUGUUUCUUUACUGUACAGCAGUUCAGCUGCACAAACAUGCAGUCACCUUCCCUUGGAGCAUUUGUCAUCCCAAUAGUCUCACAAAUGUGGGGUAAAAAGUGAAAAAUGCACAGCCAUGAAGGAGCAGCUCCCAUGGAAUGAUCUCACCAAGCUGCAUACACCUCUUCCAUAACUCUGAAGCUCGCCUGCAUUAACUAGCUAGCAGUACACACAUCACCAACCUCAGCUGUCACCCACUAAUGCUCUCACAGCAGAUUCCUCUCCCUUGAAGUGACCACCUCUUUCCCUAGAGGACAUCCCAUUAUCCUUCUUGGCUCCGUUGUAGUCACUGGGGACUAGCCUUUGCUCUGGCAUACAGUGAAAGGAGGGGACCCUACAUAGAGAGCCACCCGGCAGCCGCAACCCUGCUGCCACUGCUUCACUGUCCUUCACCUUCACCCUGUCCCGCCUGCUGAAGUUUGGGUUUAUCAUUCACUUCUUGUGGUGGCCCAUUACAAAGCUGACCAAAGGUGGUAUCACCGAUGCCUCAGCAGGAUGAAAUAUAGUCCAGAGAUUAUGAAUAGUUGGCAGGAUAUGAAGAAAUAAUGUCCUUAUGUGUGCAAUUCUCCAGGGGCCCUCAGGGAACAGACUUUCAAGUACUGUUCUUUGAUUCCUGUCAGACCUACCCGCAUGGCAGCCAGGCCUGGUGGUGUCUGUCUGAGUCAGAGUUUCUUCCCCCACAAGCAGUAAUUGGCCAGCUUCCUUCCGUCAGUAAGCCGGUAUUAACUAGUCUGCCAAAUGCUGUCGGCAACAGCCCUGAGUGAGAUGGUUAUCCGUUUAGCGUCACCAUCACCUUAGAAAGCUACCCGAAGCUGGCUAUUGGAAUGGCCGGAAGACAAGGGGAAUGGGAAAGGUCACGAAGAUGGCUGACCUGUUCCUCGGAGUGCGAGCCUCUUCCAGAAAGACUGCCUCCCAGAGUGAGUGGCACGUUGCUCCUAAGACUCUGCAGUGGGUCUGGAGCUCGGCUCACAGGAAGGCUGAUGGCUGCAGUGGGUGACUGAGAGUUGUUCCCCGUGGAGCCCGGGCUCUCCCGUGAAUUAUGUGCAAUUUUUGUAUGUAUUUUUAAGCUGUAUAUUACAGUGUUUAUGUUGCAACUUUCCAUGAGUGAGAACUGCAGAAGCCUUUCUGUCUUCCCUUGGCACAUAUUUGCGCUAAGAGGCGAGUGUCCUUUCCACCUGUGUGUAUGUACACUCAUGUGCUUGUUUUAUUCAAAACUGUGAGUCUCUGUUUACUUCACCCUUGAAAUCCCAAGAGUCACUUGAAUGGUAAGUGAGUAUGCGUGUGGAACCAACCAUGUUGCAUGCACAUGCUGGAGCUAGGCUUCUGGGAAAGCAACCUACAGUGGGGUAGACAGAUCCAUUUUGUAUACCUUGCCAGUGAAGAAAACCCAGAAAGCCCUGGUCCACCAGCGCCGAGUUGUCUUAAAGCCAAGACUGAUUUUGUGCAGUAUUAUUUGGGUGGCACCUUAGUGGCCUUGGAAACUUGUAGACUUUUAACAUUUUUAACAGCCUUUCACAUGAUUCACCUUUAUCAAAGAGGAUCAAAAAAGGAGAAUGUAUUUUAUUAUGCAUUUUAAAAGAGAACGGUAUGUGUGAGGCUGCAUAUGGAGGGUGGCUUGUGUUCCUGGCUAGUGCUCUGGACUCCCAGGAAAGAGAGCUGGUUGGCCCACAGUGUCUUGUGUCUCCUACACAGAAUGACCAUGGAGAGGGCAGCCAUGAGUCAUGGCUGCACCAUGCCCAGCAGGCUAGGGUUUGAGUCAGCUUACAUAGCCCAUGGUCACAGAACUCCCUGCCUAAUGAUGCACUGAACUGGCUGCAUAAAGACCACUGACCAUGUCAGCGGGCACAGUCCUUCACUUUCCACAGUACUUGCAGAUUGAGACAUACCUUCUCCACGUCACGCUCAUGGUGCCUUGCCCAUGUAAAUCUGAAUGUUGACUAUUUAAUGAGGUUACAUAUUUAAUGCAGAAUGUUCCCUAGGCUCCUCUGUUUGUUCUGUCUGUAGAAAUCUCUCUCUUUUUUUUCCUGUUAUCUUAGAUCCAGCCUUCUUUCACACUAUAGUAGAAAAAGUGUGCACACUUCUGCUACCAUUGUCUCACUGCAUUGGUAAGCUGAGCAUCCUCCCUCCACGUGACUCUCACUAUUCUUAUGACCGCACUAGUGAAGGACAAAGAUGAAAACCAGCUAAUAGGAAAAGAGCGUCCGACUUUCUAGAGACAGGAGUUAAUUCUGUCUGGGGGAUGGCCACAGAAUGAGGGCAGGGAAGAAGGUGUCCAGGUUAGGUCAGAGCAGAGACAAGAACUACAUCUCUAGGCAAGAAGUCCAUCAGGUGGUCCUCUGAGCAUUUCUCAAAAUAACGAAAUUCAGUCCAUAUAACAUUGUCAUAGCCACUGCACGUUUCCAUUUAGAUUCACUCACUAACUGGAAGGAAACCCUCCCCUCUGCAGCCACACACACACAUUUUAUAUAUACAUAUAUUAUGAAUUUGGGAGUGUUACUAGUAUAGCACUUGAAGUUUUCACAAGUAACAUCUGUAUUGACUGGAUUCUUUUUUUCUUUUCUAUUAAAGUCUAUGCCAUAGAUUCUUCCAUUUCUGUUGAGAGUUUGAACAACUAAGCCCCACUGGAACUUUCCCUUAAGCCACAUGGACAGUCUCUCUCUCGGCACAUGUAGGUGCUAGAGAAACAGGACUGUGGCGAGAGCAGGCAAGAGCAAGAAUCGCUGUCCCUCAGAGUGCCUUGUUAGCAUAGUAACCUAGCCAUGGAGAGAAUAGCCCCCCGUGCCCCAGACAGCUCUUGGGGAAUGCAUGCAACCACGUAGUGUGCAAAAGAUCACCAUAAAGGACAGCAGCUGAUGAGCAAAUGAACAAUCAAAUAGACAUGUGGAGUAGGCCAUGAAGUUCCUGAAAAUCACCAACCCCAGGGCCGAGUUAGAUUGGAAGGCACACGGAUAGCAGAGGGCUUCAGGGGUUGUUCUCAGGACAUGGACUGGAUAAGGUCAUGGGGGAGUGAGUGCCCCUCACCGCUGGUGCUGAGGGCCAAGGAGAAACCCUCAAGAACUAGUCAGCGCAGCCUUCCUUCGUCAUGCUAGAGGAGCCUUUUCUGCCUCUGAGCUCAGGGUGUUCAUGAAGAUGGGACUCUAAAGCUCUGGGAAGCCAUGCCUCUAGGAGCAAAGCCUCAGCCAUCAAAAUCCCCAUGCACAAUCUUGAAGCCCACUCAGUAGUGGGUCAUGCAAGCUUUCCAAGUUUGAUUUAUCCAGUAUUGGGAAAUCAGCAAAUAUUAGCUGGUAACCUACAGUGAGGAUUUCCCAAAGCCUUUACCUAGAGUGAUCUGAAAAGAUGCAGGCUAGUCUCAGAAACUGGGAUGGAUUUAGGAAGCUUCAUUAUAUUCUAAGUAAUUCUAGGCUUAUAAAGCAUCCACACAGUGGGAAACAGGACAGAACUCGGCUCUCUGGGCCAGCUCUGGCAUGCUUGUUAUUUCUCUCACUAGUGGAUAAGGAUUGGGAUUCUGGUCCAGCCUCGUAACUAAACAGAAUGGCUGCCCAUAAAACUGGGUUAUUAGAUUUACCUCAUUGAAGCUCAUUUUCUGAGAGACCCAAAGUGCUGCGCUGAGACAAACCCAAGUGCACCGAAGUCCAUCCGCUCAUGCUCACAGCGGUGCACAGGUGGGGACGCCAUGGACCAAAGCCAAUGCCCCAAGGGAAGUCAGAAGAGCCAUAAUGCAGGACCCUAGACAGGUUAUACCAAAGAAAACAAGCCUUCCUCAUCCUGCUGCUUCUCAGAUGACGGGGUGAGCUGUGACAGAUGCCAGAGGAAGGGUUUGCAAACAUUCCAUGGUCAAGGUGUUCAACGGGUAAGUCCAUCCCCAAACCAGUAAAAUAAAAUAAAAAGAAGGGUUCUCUGUUAGUUAGUUUCACGCAGGCCGUUUGUACGUCAGAAGAAAAGGUGUAGGGAGCGGCAGCAGCCAGAGCAGAUGGCAAAAAAAAAAAAAUUCUCUGCUAUCUUAAGAAGGAGCUUUUAACCGGCGCACUCUCACCACACCUGGCUAGUGCCAGACCUUAUGCACGGGAGCACCGCAUCUGUAAUAUCAAAGCUUGGGUUUAUGGUGAUUUUUUUUUUUCCUAAAAAGAGGUGCUGUCAAGAGAUUUGUUUAAAGAACUCUUGGGAAAUUUUCUUAACCCACUGUACCAUUUUAUGAACCUCCCCACAAAAAUGACUCUCACUCAGCAUCCCCAUCAUCUAACAUGUAAGUACCCAGACUGUCUAAGGUGCUAUACAGCUGUUACACACCUACCCCUGCAGCUGUUUUAAAUUAGAGACUUCUGCAUCAGCUGCCACUGGACGUUUUGCCCAUGCAGAUGGGCCACAGGGGUCUGCAUUCUGAGCGUCCUUUAUACAUUCCCCCUUCAGCAGCCUCUAUGUCUGUCCCUGUCCCUGCUUCCCAUCCCAUCUCACCCAUCCCAUGGUUUUUUAAAUCAAGAAAGUUUCAGGGAAUCAAAAGAGGUUGGGAUUUUUUUUUAACCCAGCAGAAUCGCAGAGUUAUAUAUUUUGCUAUGAACAUUGUUGUGGUACAGAAAAUCCACUUUGCCUGUUGGUUUGUGGCAAGUCUGUGUGUCUGCACUCUUGGUAACUUGAAUGUCGAGCCAGCCCUAUGGCUUCAAUGUAGUGUUGUUGAAAGAUUAAACCACACAGCUUCAGGAAGCCUACUCAAGUUGUUCCUUCCUUAUUUCCCAUCCCUGACCAGUUCUGGAGAGCGGUGUGUAUAGACACUGGGCUGGGUUUUCUGUUCAUGACACAGAGGGCAUUUUGUUGGGAGGUGGAGGCAGAAGCAAGAUGUCACCUGUCUCAGUGAAUUGAAUCAUGACAGUCCUUAUUCUAAUAUCACUAAUUCUCCAUGGCACUGCCCUCAUUCUGCUUUGGGAAAUCUUGUUUCUCUUCCUUCGGCCCUUUACCCAUCUCCUCUCGUAUUUUUACAAUUGUAUGAAUCAAUAACAGGUCCCUGUGUCACCAGUGGCGCCUCCCUUUGGUUUGCUGUGGUACUUUGCUGUGUAUUCUGUGGCCUCACGUUACUGUGUAAAUAAAUUCUGUUUAAUAUACACUAAAAA